AUGUUACUGCCCAAUCCAAACCUCACCCAAGGUCACUCGACCUCCAACAAUGAAGACGACUACUCCGGCCCUUACCAAAACCGAACAUCUGGGCCAACUCCCAGUCAUAACCAAUUGCAAUACUCCCAUCCAGAUGGGAUAGGGUGGAACAAUAAUCAACCCGGAUGGAAUCAUUACCAGCAAACUGCGAACAACUCGAGACCGGGAUUUCCCCAACACACCGGAGCGCAUUUGACUGAACAAGGCCAAAAUUUUACGGGGCAAGUCAGCAAUAACCUCGAAGCAUUCCCUGGACAACUCCAAAACUAUCAGCAAACCUUUCCAGCACAACUCGGCAAUCAUUCCGAGGCCUUUCCGGGGCAGUAUGGAAAUCAGCAGUCUGAUAUGGAGGUAAAUCCAUUAUUAUUGCAAUCUAUUUCGACCACCGAACCAUCCUCUGUCUUGCCAUCCACUUCGACUAUCACUUCAUCAACUGUAGGAGCUCCAUCUCGAGCCAAGCCAGCCACCCGCGGAAAGAAGAGGAACCCUGGUCAGAUGUCAGUUGCCGAUCACAUCGCCGCCAAAAAGCAUCACGACAAGAUGGAAAAAGCCUCUGCAAAGGCAGCCGCGUCCCUCCAGAAAGCCGCUGAAAAGGAAGCCAACGCGAUUCUCAAGAAGCAAGCUUCAGCCAAAAAAGUACCUCGGGUCAAGUGGACGGAAGCUGCAUCAAUCGAGUUGCUUCAUUUUGUCCGCCUUGUCAAGGAUGAGCACCGCGAGUUGAACCGGGACGACCCGGGAUUCGUCGCAUUCCAAAAAUUCUUUCUGGCGUUCCCGAUCGAUACUGAUAUAUUCCCACUACUACAAGGGAGUACAACCGUUAAACUCCUUGCACGAUAUCAAGCCCUUAUGGGAUCCUGGAGGAAAGUUAAAGAUCAACUUGACCGGUCAGGCAGUGGAGGUUUAUGUGAAGCAUUGGUUGAACAUACAUUGCCGAUGUCGCUAUGGAAUCAGAUCCUCGACAUGCAUGAGACAAACCGUGCCGCCCUUGCUCAUGGACACAAUGAGCUCGAUGAACCUAUGGAAGUGCUUUUAAAUACUGCUGAUCCGACUCCAGCUUCACCACUUAACCACGAUUCCUCGGAUGAUGGAGACCACCAGGUCUCUGGAAUCACCCCAAUUGGUGCCAAUCAAACAGGUCGACACAGAGAGCCACCGUUAACCGAAGCUGAACUAGCCCUUGAUGCAUCUACCCCACCACUCGAGGAGCCCACCAACAUCAUGCUUGCAGCUACCCAAACUCCUGCGGUUUUAGCAGCAUCUACCUCGGCUUUGGCUGCAAAUCCUGCCGCUGCACCAGUUACUCCUGCGGUACAACCAGUUACCCCUGCGCAUGGUUUACCCACGACUCAGAAGGCUCCCGCUAAAUCAACGACAAACACUGGUCGCCCUCCGGUGGAAUCUGGAGUACCUCCUCGUCGUCGAGGCCGGACCGAGGAAGCACCCAAGAAAGAGGAUCCUGCGGCAGCAGGCAUGUUGCUGCUCAUGCACAAAGGUCAGUUAGCCUCUGAAGUCCAAAGGCAGCGAGCUGAGGAAACUCGCAUCGAGGACAAGCGUUUGGCUGAGGCGAUACGAAAAGAGGAUCGUCUUGAUGGUGAGGUCAAACGAAAACGAAUCGAAGAAGCCAAAAACGAGACCGAGGCCAAAAAGACAGCCAGGGAGGACGCCCGACUGGAGAUGGAUAGACGGGACCGAGAGGAAUCUGGCCGUCGUGACCGAUUAGAUCGGGAGGCUGCCGACAUACGAGCUCGUGAUGCUGACGAACGUGCUGCCACUCGUGAACGAUCAGACCGUGAGGCGACUGAAAAACGAGCACGCGAGGCUGAUGAACGUACAGCCACUCGCGAACGAUUAGAUCGUGAAGCAACAGAAAUACGAGCUCGUGACGCCGAAGAACGUGCAGCUGCUCGUGAAGAUGCUCGUUACCGGGAGAAUCAAGAGGCCACUCGUCGUUGGGAGGUCUCCCAAGAACGCCAAGCAGCACAACAGCAGGCCUUUCAGUUGGCCAUGUUGAAGAUGAUGGGUAACAUGGGUGGUAGUAAUCAAUGA